CAUUUGGAGUUUCUGGUGUGCUGCUGAAAGAGGCCGUCGGCCGUUAUUAUACUGGGACCUACGCAAUGGCCACUGGCAUAGCAUGGACGGGUGAUUCCAUCGGGUUGCUUGUGUCUGGAUAUCUUAUCCAGUUAUUCCUUGAUACCUACGGAUGGAGAGGAACCAUGCUGCUCAUAGGUGGUAUCUUCAUGCAUUUUAUGGUUUGUGGCGCCCUCAUACUGACAGCAGGAGCGUCUUCAACAGGGAGAUACCAAGAGCUUCGAACGAAUGGUGUCACUUCUCAACAGAGAAAUCCAUCAUUUUGUUCCAAACUCUCCAAGAUUAAGAAUCUUGUCAUGAACUUUGAUGUAAGACUUCUUGCUGACUACCGUUUCUGGUCAAUUGCAAUCGUAGCAUGCAGUACCAAGUAUGCUUUUGAUAUGUGGAUCAUUUAUUUCGUUUCACAAGCCAAGUCAAUCGGAUUUUCCUCAGAGGAAGCAGCAACAUUUGUACAAGUGGCAGGUAUAGGAGGUUUAUUGGGAAGCCUACUUCAGGGAUACUUGGUAGACCGUGGGAUCAUAUCAAGCUUCCUGCUGAUGAGCAUAGCUGCGACGAUCUGCUCUGCGUCAUUCUGCGCAACUCCCUGGCUGACAUCGUAUUGGUCAAUGAUGGCAUCAUCACUUUUGAUUGUAACUUGCUCUGGGGCUUUGAGCUGUUUAAAUGAUGUCCUUAGUAAGCAGGUCCUCGGCGUAGAAUUGUUAGCUGAGCAUUUGGUUGGACAGGCAUUACUAAUGCCAUCAUNGACAUUCACCCUUGGCUUCUUACCUGGAUGGAUCUACGACACAACAGGGAGUUACAUCCCAGCAUUUAUUUUCAUCGGUUGCACACAGUUCCUUCCAAUCUUCCCCCUUCUGAUUCUUAGAUGUUGUGGAUGCGUUGAAUGAUUCCAGACAUGCUUCAGUCCCAAUGUAAACCAAAUUCUGGGAUUUCCCGAUUAAUGUUUCCAUCAACAUUACAGAAUUAUCUCUAUUCCCAAGUAGACACGAUAAUUUAUGUCAUGCUAAUACAUACCAUAAAAAUCUCUCACAUUUUCAGAUUUAAUGUGAUUUAUAAUGCAAUAAUUUCAAAUGUCUGAGAAGAAUCCACAAAUGGGACCCCAACCCUACAUCCCAAACACUAAACUUUUUAAUUUUAUGAAAGUAAUAAGUAUAAAACAUUUCUCGAGUCCUUGCGGUAAUACACAAUCUUCUAAUCCCUAAUCCGUCUUCUAAGCAAACUUUGGUAAGGUUUGUCAAAAGCCCAUCGAGUUUAAAAAUCUAAUUGGUAAUCUCAUUGGACUGUGUAGGUUUGGCGUUUACUUCCCCCUGCAAUAAAAGAUCCGUUUGAGCAAUGAAAAGAAUAUAUUUUAACAAUGAAAAGAUCAAUUUACAACCAAAAC